AUGAUCAUGUAUUACUACACACUACGAAGAAGCUCACUUCUGCAUCCAUCACAUUUCUCUCUCAACUCCCCAUCUUUCUUUUAAAUCUCAAUCAUUUCUUAUGAUUUAAAGCCCAAAAAUUGCUUCUUUUCACAUCAUAAUCACUCUCGCUAUCAACUUCGAUCCCAAGAAAAUACAGAAAAGGGAUCACAUCCAUAUUCUUCCGCCUAUUGGUCUUGAAUUCUUUUUAUGCUUGGAAACGUUAUGGUUUUGAGCAGUUAAGAAAUGGCUGGUGAGAUUGGAGAACCAGUCAGACUUCAAUUUAAGGCUGAAUCUUUUCUUUCGGGAUCUAUAUCAUUUGGAAGGUUUGAAAGUGAAGAUCUAUGUUGGGAGAGGAGGUCAUCUUUCUCUCAUAAUAGGUAUCUUGAAGAGGUUGAAAAAUGCUCAAAGCCCGGUUCAGUUACUGAGAAGAAAGCUAUUCUUGAGGCUCAUUUUAGAAAGAAGGGGCUUUUUGGUCUUUGUUCCCCUGGAAGUCGGAGUGAGACAGAUUGCCAAACUAGUGAUAAUGAAGCUUCGGAGAAGAGAUGCUAUGAUGAUGACUUCAUGCACACACAUUCGCCAAAGCUUGAUGAAAGGCUGGAUGAUUCUGCUAGUGGAAGUGAGCAUGAAUUGAGGGAACAAGAAGCAGAAGUAUCUGGCUCAUCGAGUUUAGAUGCUCAAAUUGAAUAUUCAUGUGAUAACGCUAGAGAUGUCGACUAUUUUUCAGAACGUGGGAUGGUGGAAGAGGAGCAUCAUUCUAAACCGAGAAUGGACUCUAGAUUAGAGACAGAAGUGAAAGAAGCACUAGAUCUUGAUGCUGCUAAUUCAGAUACGGCUGAUGUAUCAAAUCCAGUCAUUGGCCUGCUCAGUGAUAAUCAGGCAGCUGAGGAAAAUAGAGAUGCCAGCCCAAAAGAACAAGUUUCAUCUUCUGAGGAAAAUGUUCCAUCACAAGCUGAACAUGUGAAGCCUAGAUUGGUACGUCGAGUUAGUGUUACACAGACUAGAAGGUACACAUCCAGCAAGGAAGUGUCCAAAUGUUCAGAAAAAAGACCUAGUAAAACAGUACAUAAUGUUCGGAUGAGACUAGAAGCAGAAAAGAAGAUUAAAGAUGCUACUGCUCAGGACAAAUACACAAAGCAGAAAUCCCUGAAACCCGAGCCUGAUUCAAAAGCAAAAUUUGUAGAUGAAAUCAAAAGGGGUGACAAAGAAUCAAGAAACAAAGGAAUUCAGGUCCCUCGGUCCUCUGCUCUGAGGGAAGGUCCCAGUAGAGUGCACCAAAGUGAAGACAGGAUGAAGUCUGUAGCUGGUGCGCCUCAACGAUAUAUAAAGCAGGAUACUUCAAGGUUCAGUUUCAAAUGCAAUGAACGUGCAGAGAGAAGGAAAGAGUUUGACAUGAAGAUUGAGGAGAAGAUUCAUGCAAGAGAAGCUGAGAGGCGAAAAAUUCAGGCAAAAGCUCAGCAAAAAACAGAAGCUGAAAUUAAACAGCUGCGGAAAACCUUAAACUUCAAGGCUACACCACUGCCAUCGUUUUAUUAUGGAGUCGAGCGUGAGUCGGUUCAAAACAAGACAUUGCUGCAGGGCAUAGCUAGAAACAUCAAACCACGACGAGCACAGACCAAAUGCUUAAGCAGUAGCAGCAUCUCUGAAAGGUCAAGAGUAAGCUCCACGGCAGGCACGAACAAAGUCUGUGCAGGUCCAAAGACAAUUAUUGAUCAAGCACAGGCGUCAGAGGCAACGAGCUGCCAUUCAACAGUAACGUCGGACAGCAGUCCGUCGUCCCCCGCUGCAGAAGCAGUAGCAAGUAGGCAGGUGGGUGGGAAGAAAGAAAGAGAGAGAGAUGGACAAGCUUACAAGUAUGCACAAUCAUAAAUCCCUUCAAGCCCAUAAAAUCUAACAAAAGGUAAUAUAAAUUGUAGUUGUUCGUCCAUCUCACAAGACUGUCUUUACUGAGACACUGGAUCUACUAUUUCUAUAAUUGUUUUAAAUUGUUAAUUUUCUCAUCACAUUAUACUGCAAAGAUGCUUUACCAA